CAGCUGCGCCAGCCCGGGCCAACCAGUGCGCUCCCCUGUUUGGGCCAAUCAGGGCGCGGCAAGAUGGCGGCGCAAAUCUGCAGGCGGCUUGACCCCGGGCGGCUGCUGUACUUCGGGAACAUGGCAAGGUUUUUUCUGCAAGACCAUCCCCUCAGAAUAGUUGACAGAAGAGUGUAUUUACUUACCUCUACCAAGAUAGGUCACAUUCUUGGGCCUAUACUGUGCAGUCACUACUCAUCCAGUGCAUGCACCAACCACAAGUACACGCCACGGAGAGCUGUGCUGUACGUGCCUGGCAACGAUGAAAGGAAACUCCAGAAGAUCCCCAAUCUUCAUGUAGAUUGUGCUGUGCUGGACUGUGAAGAUGGAGUAGCAUUAAACAAAAAGGACGAGGCGAGGCAGACAAUUGCAAAGAUGCUGAGUCAUUUUCCCGUGUCCCGCACGGACCUGUGUGUUCGGAUCAACUCUGUCUCGAGUGGCCUUGCCGAGCUCGACAUGGAAGUCAUCUUAUCCUCUAAAGACCGCCCUCCGACCUUGAUGCUCCCCAAAGUUGAAAACACCGAAGAAAUAAAAUGGUUUGCAGACAGAUUUGUAAAAUACUCAAAGGGCCGGGCAGCAAAGGAGCAAAUGAAUCUCAUCACUUUUGUGGAGACAGCAAUGGGUUUGCUGAAUUUGAAGGAUGUAUGUGAAGAAGCACAACGCCUAGGAACAUCUGCUGGUUUCCAGCUUGAUGGAGUGGUAUUCGGAUCAGAUGAUUUCUGUGCCAGUAUAGGUGCCACACGAACAGAAGAUGCUCGGGAGCUUCUGUACGCAAGGCAGAAGGUUGUUGUAACAGCAAAGGCAUUUGGCCUGCAAGCCAUAGACCUAGUUUAUAUUAACUAUAAGGAUGAUAAGGGCCUAAGUGUGCAAUCGAGAGAGGGUGCCCUGAUGGGAUUCACAGGUAAACAAGUGAUCCACCCCAAUCAGAUUCCAAUUGUGCAAGAAGCCUUUUCUCCAAGUCUCGAGAACGUGAAAUGGGCUUGUGAACUGAUUGAGGCAUUUGAAGAACAUCAAAAACUGGGAAAGGGAGCCUUUGUUUUACACGGAAAUAUGAUCGACAUGCCUUCUCUGAGACAAGCACAAAACAUCGUCACACUGGCCACAGCCAUCAAGGACAUGUGAAAGCUCAAAGAAAUGUGUUUGUGCCAUAGAUCACUGAUGGAUGCAAUGGGGCAGAAGAGAACAGAGAGUGAGAGAGAGAAACUGAAAUGUGUGAAAUAUUAUGGAGGUCACUGGAACAUUGAUUAUAUUUUAACAAUAUGCUAAAUUAAGGCCUAUGCUAUUGUAAUUUAAAAAUAAACAUAUUUAAUCUU